UGGUGGAGCCCUAAUUCCUAUUUCCAUGGCGGAGUCCUCCGAGAUAGCACGCCACGGGCGUCUUUGAGGAGACGAUCGGGAGAUCCGAGAGGUAGGGACAACAAGGGGACGCCGUGGAUGGAUCGCGGCCUCUAGGACGCCAGCCAUGAAGAAGAGGCCGUCGAUAUUUCACCGAUGGAAGUGGAGGAUCUCCGUGCUCGCCUUGUUAUUCUUCCUAGCGCUGUGCGGUCUCAGAUUUCCAUCUUCCCCGGGCACAAUGCCGAUGCCCGCGGCCAGCAUUCGUGCCACCGUGCCUGAGAAGAUCGGUGCGCCGAGGAUCGCUCUCUUGUUUCUAGCUCGCAAUCGUUUAGCUGUUGAAGAAGUUUGGGACCUUUUCUUCAAGGGUGCUCAAGAACACUUGUAUAGCAUCUAUAUUCACGCUCGGCCUGGAUUUGUCUACGAUGCCACAAACACCGAGUCUUCUUUCUUCUGGAACCGGCAGAUCAACAAUAGUGUCAUGGUGGAGUGGGGUGAGGCGAGUAUGAUCGAUGCUGAGCGUAUUUUACUUCAUAGAGCUCUACAGGAUGCUUCUCUUUCUCAUUUUGUUUUACUGUCCGAUAGCUGCAUACCUCUAUACAGUUUUAAUUACAUCUAUAAGUAUAUAACUUCGUCUCCGAAGAGUUUUGUUGACAGUUUUAUCGAAAGCAAGAACACACGCUAUAACUUUCGCAUGUUUCCGACUGUUACACAUGAGAAAUGGAGGAAAGGAUCACAGUGGUUCAUGCUCCUGAGAAAGCACGCAGAGAUUGUUGUUGGGGACUCUAGGAUACUGCUGAAAUUCUACGAGCAUUGCAAGCGGGAUAUGCAACCACAAGCUGGAAGGAAAUAUGGAAUGACUAGUUCGGAAAACGACUGCGUUCCGGAUGAGCAUUACAUCCAGACCUUGUUGGCGAUCAAAACAGUGGAAAACGAGAUCGAGAGGAGAACGCUGACUUACACACUCUGGAAGGCAUCUGACAGACGCGAGAACGAUCGUUGGCAUCCGGUAACCUUCAACACAGCAGACGUCUCCGCACAGACAAUCAAAGACAUUAAGGGAAUUCACAGCAUCAAGUAUGAAACGGAAGGCCGGACGGAAUGGUGUAGCUGCAAUGGCAUUCCCAGAGCCUGCUUUUUGUUCGCUAGAAAGUUUUCGAGAGGAGCAGUGUCGAAGCUCCUGCACAAUAACGAGACUGACUUUUUUGGAUUCGCGGCGGGUGAGAUCGCCGAAGGAACUAAUAACAUCACGGCAAUGGUUACCGGCGUAGAACAGGCAAGGAGUUUGAGCCUGUGAUAUAAUGCAGAUGGAAGCUAAGUAGGAGGCGAGGAAAUGGAAGAGGACGAGGUCCAAGAGCGUGCGUGGGGUUCUACUCUUCACUCUCGUUACGCUCGGAUGUGUAGAAUCGGCAAAUUUAUAGCGAUGGAAGAAAAGACAAGGUUGGGAGCUAGCAAAGAAAAUCACAGCUUUGAGAGUGUCAAACUCUCAAAUCUGCCCGUCAGCGCCCCGAGGAGAAGCCAUUGAAUCGUCGAAGGGAAGGAGUGACUGGCCGGAAGAAGAAGGUGUCACAGGUGAUAUCACUCGAGAGAAACAACAAGGAACGGGGCUUUCAUUUAUGUUGGCAGUGACGGACAACGAUCUAUGCCAAGUCAUAGUUUACAAAGAACCAAGAAACAAAAAGAAAGAAGAAGAAGAAAGAGAGUGACUUCUUUUUUGUCUACUGUCAAAAAGAAAAAAAGUGUAAUGUAUAAAAGAGAAGCUUCACGCGAA